AAAACAGAACACCCUAGACCUAAAGAGCUUCCUAUAUCCCCCAAAUGGAGCCCCAAGUUGUCCUCUGUUUUUUUCUCCUGUUCCCCUCCUAGCUAUUGCUCUAGAAACUAGCACAGAAACCUGGCAUAAGCUUCCUGUCUAGCCCCUGGGUGCAGGUUUAGAGCUGUCCUCCACGAGAAGAUUGCUGGAAUUAAGAUCACAGCUACAGUUGGGUAAGAUGUGCCGCGGCUGGACAGCUCUCCAAAGAGAGGACAUUGAUGGCUCUCUGCUUCUGAUGCCGAAGGGAAGACAGUAGAGAGACCAAGCCAUAGCCAGAGUGAUGUCAUGUAACACUGUGAUGUCACAGUGUUUUUUCCUGCUUUCUUCACCUAUUUUUGCUCCCCUAUUGCCACAUCCUUCUCCUUGGUCAUCUGACUCCCACAUAGCUGCACACACAUGUAUACGCAGGCAUAGACACCACCUGGGCUCCCAGUCCCCUUCCCUCCUGCCCCCCUCCACCCCCUGCAGCUGACCAUGGCCUCAGAAGCAGAAAGAACAUUCCAUCGAUUUGCUGUAUUUGGAGACUCAUCCAGCAGUGGAACUGAAAUUACCAACAAGAACUUCUCAAAACUCUGUAAAGACUGCGGCAUUAUGGAUGGCAAGGCAGUGACCUCCACAGAUGUAGACAUUGUGUUCAGCAAAGUGAAGGCCAAGAAUGCCAGAACCAUCAACUUUAAUCAAUUUCAAGAGGCGAUGAAGGAGCUGAGCCAAAAGCGCUUCAAGGGGAAGAGCCCAGAAGAAGCCUUGGAAAAUAUUUACAAACUCAUGGAAGGGAAGGACCCUGCCACCACCGGGGUUACUAAAGCAACAACAGUGGGUGGAGUAGAACGGCUGACAGACACCAGUAAGUACACUGGAACCCACAAGGAGCGCUUUGAUGAGAGCGGCAAGGGGAAGGGCAUCGAAGGACGGGAAGACACCGCAGACAACUCAGGCUAUGUCUACAGAACUUGGAUCAGCUCUCGUCUGGAGGCAAGCACUCUCCCAUGGGCUUUCCGUUGGUAUCCAGAGGCUGUAUGGAACUUCGGAAGAAAGGCUUGGCUCUGAAGGGUAGGCACUAAUCCAGGCCCAGCCUCUGCCUCCCCAGCCCCUUGCACCCUCCCGCUGCAGGCUAGAGGAAGCAACAGCUGUUGUCUUCCUCAGGCGGUGGUCCACCUGGCAUUGCUAGAAUUUUCAUAACACCCACACCCCAACUUUAACAACACACACACACACACACAUACACACCGACAGACAGACAGACAGACAGAUAGACAGAGGGCAGGGAAAAAAGCUGGGCUGGCAGCAAUGACUAGUAAUAGAGAAAUGAGGAGGCCAGAGUGAUUGUUUUUCUUCCUCCCAUCAUCUCCUGCUCUGCCUUCUUUCCUUCCUACCAUUAUCUGAUUUUCUCAUCUUUUUCUCCUCUUGUUAUGAGUGUGAUGAAUAUAAAGUGGCAAACUGGUCUUACCAAGUGUCAGUGGAAGUCGAUCCAGCAAGCUGAAUAGUUUAAGGCUAAUAAAGUCAAAUGCAAAUAACAGAGGCCAAGAUUUCAACCUAAAUUGUACAGACUGUAGGUUUCAAUUUUUCUGUGUAAACUUAAAGCUCCAUUUUUUUUCCUUUUGGCCUGAGACAGGAGGGGCCUUGU